GAAGAAGAAGAAGAAGAAGCAGAAGAAGAAGCAGCAGCAGCAGCAGCAGCAGCAAAUGUCUUUUCGUCACAAGUCUAGACGAACUGACGCUGAAUAUAACGGAGAUGAAAAUAGGAAUAGGGGCCCUUUGAAGCGGUAUAACUACCGGAAACGUGUAGCUGAUGGCAGUAUGAGAUCAAAUGAGGACAUGGACUCCACCAGUGAUCUGAAGAAGAGUAAUGUCAACCUCAGACAUGCUGAUAUCAGACCUGUUAGUUUUACCACUCCUGAAAGUGAAGGUCCUGUUCCCAGAUGCAUGGACUGGGAGAGUGAAGUGGAGACUGAUGAAAUGUGCUCAAGCGUCUGUUGUGAUAUGCAACGUUACAGGAGGAGGACACUGGCAACAGAGUUUGGUCCAAGGGAACGGAAGAAUUCUUCAGGGAGCUCAGAUUCCAGAGACUCUCCAGUCCCUGGUGAGGUCAUGGAGGAGGACGAGGAAGUCCUGAUGAGGAGGCAGAAACAGAUCACAUAUGGGAAGAACACACUCGCCUAUGACAGAUACAUAAAGGAAGUACCCAAGCACUUGAGACAGCCAGGAGUUCAUCCUAAAACUCCUAACAAGUUUAAGAAAUACAGCCGGCGCUCAUGGGACCAGCAGAUUAAAUUGUGGAAGGUGAAGAUUCACGCGUGGGACCCCCCAGCCCAGGAAGGCAGUGAGCUGCAGGCCAUAUAUGAGGUUGACUUGGAUGAUGUAAUGGAUAUUGAGCUAGAUGUCCCUGAGCUGGAUUCAGACUCAAGCGCACAGCCUCCUAAAGUCAGCAAGGCCUCUUCGUCUCAAGCGGACUCUUGCCAAGUAACUCCCAGCAAGAUGAUGAACAUGGAUACAUCGGUUGACCUUGAAAUGGCCUAAAUGUCCUUGGUGGUUGAGAGGAUAAUAUGGAAAGGCCUGGGAUAUUGAUUUCCCUCAACACCAUGUUUGAAAUGGAUGCAUCUACCAGUGAUGACCACCUUUUGGUGGAAUGCAGUUUCUGGUAAAGAGACAUGCCUCAGACCCAUUCUCAGCUGUGUGUUGACAGCUGUCACCCAGCAGGGAAAAAAAUGAUUGAAUGCUUAAAAUACCAGGACAAAUUGAUGAUAGAUUGAAUUCAAGUCGGUGACCUGAAAUGUGUAUAUAUCAUAUUUUUCUGAAAUUGUGUUGUGAAUGCUUGCAUUGUAUUUUAUAGUUGUUGAUUGCCUUGUAUGCUGAGAACAUCUUUAUUGUGAGUAGUUGAAGUGUUUGCAUUUUUGUUCAAUUAUAUAUUUUUUUAUAUAUAAACUUUGAAUACAAUGUUGUACUGUAUUUUUUGAAAGCAUAUGUUGAAAUAUUUUUUUUACCUGCUGAUAAAAAUCAAAUGGGACAUUA